ACGCAAUUUGCGAUGCAGGAAUAUUCUCUUUGCUAUAAAAUGUUCGCGAAUUAUAAGAGGGUAUAACGAGCUAAAUGAGCCCGAGCAUAGCGUAGACUCGUGAAUUUCCCAUAAUCAGUAGUUAGAUAUUUGAACCCCUCCUCCUCCUCUACUGUUUUUGAGACCUAUGGCAGUAGGACUGGAGCGAAAAAAUGAUUUAUUUACGGCUUUGGAGUAAAUUUCCAGCUCAAGGUUCUCCGAAUACUUUGAAAAAGACUGGAACAGUCAACUCAAGCCGUCAACAGCGCUGGAAUUAGCUGCAACGAGCUUGGCCCAUCGAAGCUUCACUUCAUUGCUACGAGCCCUCGAUCUUUAACUUCCAAGUGAAGUGAUGCCUUCCAACAGAUGUUUGUCAGACGGCAAAUUCUGAUUUGAACAGUGUCGCUGUGUAUGUGCUACGGUGAACUCUUUUGUGUCUCUCACGAGUCGACGAAGGCUUUCCGGAGCAUCCGGAUGGAUAAUUCUACCCGUUCCCGUAUGGGAAAAUGACGUUUAAAGUCGGGGACUAUGGCUGGGUAUGGGAUGGCACACAGUGGACGUCCUGGCGAAAUCUGACCGCUAAUCGGGAUCAAGAAAGACCUCUGCUCGGUUGCACGCUCUUCAUUUGGAUUAAUCGUGUCAAAGUCGACGAGGCGGAGAUACUGCAGAACAUUGACGUGCUCGGCGGGAAAGUCGCCAAGUUCCUCGACGAUUCCAUAAGCUUUGUAGUCACAGAUCAGGACCCUACGAAAGUUGCCUGUGCCCGCGACUCGCUACCGCUUUCCCGUGGCCAGCUGAUUCUUAGCAAGGUCCAACGGCAGGAACACGACAACGAGAGCACCUCUUCGGGCGUCCUCGACAAAGUCAAAGACUGGCGCAUUAAACUUUGGAAUGUAAGUCAGUUUCUUCGAUGGAUCGAAGUUCAUCUCAACAUACCACCGCCUGCUGAGAGUUCUCGGAAACGUAAGAGCUGCCGUUUGCCCAGACCGCUGGUCAAACUUGAGGACGAACAGCAGGAGUUCAAGCCCGUGUACAAGGUAUUCAAGUCUGAUCCUUCUGUUUACGUGAACCCGUUGUAUCCCGCAAGCCCGUUUGACGAUCCGGUUAUUCAGGACCGAUACGUGCAGUUAAAGAAAACACAAGAAAGUCGGCAGGAAGAACAGAAGAAUUCGUCCGAUGCUUCGGUGACUGUAUCGAAGGAAAUCAAAGACAGCACCCCAAGGGGCCCUCCCAAGCAACAGUACUGUGAGGUGUGCAAUGGUUAUUUCUAUAAUCUUCAGCAACACAUCACAACUCAACACAGAGAGUUUGGAGAGGACAGCUUCGAAUGCGUGAAAGAACUCAUCGACUGUUUCCCAGCGAUAGAAGAUUUUAUGGGCAAUGCCGACAAUGGCGAGAAAACAGUGAACGGCGACGGCAUGCAUCCCUCCGCAUAUCUCGGUGCUCGGCAUCACGAGCAUCACCUGUCCAUGCUGAGCGCGGCAACGUAUCGCGGAAGACCCGGCUUCGAGGCACCAGUCAUGGUGAAGCAAGAACCGAUGGAAGAGGAAAUCCCGCCUGUGCACCCCGGCAUGAUCCCACACCCGGGUCUCCCCGAAUCUGCCACCGCUGUCCCGUUGGACUUUUCUCGAACGAGCCACAUGACUGAUGGCUUUGCGCGGGACUACACGCAUCCGCAUCAUCAUCCCGGGAUUGCGCAUCAACCUUAUCUCCCCGAUAAGGAAGAGGCGUCCCACCAGCCUCAGUGUUGGUUACCGAAACUGGACGGUCACCCGGCACCUCCUCCACCAGUGACGAGCCAUCUGCCGUUAGAAAACUUCAGUUUCCUGGACCAGCCCCACCAAGACUCCAUGUUCACCAGUGAGAUGCCGCAGCCGGACUUUUCGUUUGGACUUCAAAACCUUCUUCAUAGUAUAUGUGAUGAGACAGAAGACGAAGCACAGCGCCGCGGAGGCACGCGGAGCAUCGACAGCAAUAAGGAGAACGUGGAGCGAGCCGCAGAGGCUGCGGGUUACCCAUCUCGGCAGGCGCCGACCUACUAUCCGGAAGGUCCGCCACCCGACCCGUGGCAGUUCGGGUCCGCGGAGCUUCCGCAGGCUCAGGGCCCACCACCUUCCGCGGAAAGUUCCUCGUCACCGUUAGAACUCACCACGCACACUCAGUCCGAACCGUCCUGUUCAAAAGUUCCGCGAAGACGGAACAGUAGAGGAGCAUCACUCGAGGAAGAUCCCGGAAGCAACGGACUUGCGGAGAACAAUCCGAACCGAUGGACCGUGGAGCGGACGCGGAGGGGUGUGGGACUCAAACUUCGGUUCACGCCGGCGAGGAAGCAGAGUUCGUCGUUGAUGAGUCCUCCUCCGCCGGUAACGCCGCGAGAGAAAUCCAGCGGAUCGGCCUCGGCAAAAGGAAGUAGAGGAGGAGGCGGCGGUGGUGGUGGUGGUGGGUCGUCGUCGUCGUUCGACGUCUACGACUGGAACGAUGAAGAUGACGGUCCGUCGUGCGACAACAUGGUGAAGAUGCAGUGGCGUGUGCUGCACACGGAAGACACAAAGGUGAUUUUGUGUAGGACCAAGCAGUUUGCACUGCCAAGAAAGUCUAAGCAUGCAGGGGGCAAGCAGUUGGUCUUUUAGUGGCAGGUACACAACAAGUGAGAACCCAUGGAAAAAACCACCUAUGGAAAAAACGUGAGAUGUCGUACUACUAGUCCACGGCAAUCGGAAAAACGGCUUAUCCCCCAUACCUUCCGCAGAAGUCUCCUAUUGAGUUGGCUGAGCUUUCAACGCAGAUUGUUUUUUCUUUCGCCAUAAAAUUUUUUUAUGUGACUCUUUUAUUGUUUCUGAGGCAUUUUUCAUGCAAUUUUUAAGUACUAGUGCGCAGAGAAGCCCAGAAAGUACUAAACAAGCGGGAGUUCAUUGCAGUUAAGUCCCUCUGGACAGAAAAUGAUAGCAGGUAGCCAUAAGCGGGAUGUAUGAAGAUUAAUAAAAUUAUUUACUACGAUUUACAGCAUCGUCAGGCGAACUGUUUUGUGUGAAAUGAAAUGCGGACAGCAUUAAUGAAACGAGACGUUCUUCGAUAGAUGAGGUGUAUAGCCAUUUUUCCGAUGGUCGUGUCGUGAGGAACCUGGACGGAUUAUGUGAAAAGGGAUUUGUAGAAGGCUUGUGAAGAGUUGUCAUGAUUUGGCAGUAUGCUGGAGGGUGUGUUCCUUUUUAUUUUAUUAUUUUUUUUCUCUUGUUGCAGUGUUGUUUCAUGCAGUGCAAAAUAUUUCCCUUAAGAUACGGAUUACCAGCAGGAUAUGUCAUCAUUAAAACACUGAGGUGGUGAAUACUCCUCCUCUGCCCAAGAUAUCCGUGUUCACAAGGCAUCAUGAUGUUCAGCUAACAGACGACAACAGUUCAGUUAGUUCUUUUGUUUUUUUUUCUCCAACAAAACCUUUCAUCUGCCCACUUAAAUUCGCUGCAUUUACUUGUGCAUGUAACCAACAAAUACUGCACCAUUCUCGAGAGCAUCCAGUAUGAGACAAUGCGCAGGUUGUUCUUUUUGUUGUUGUUUUUCAGUACGUUUCUUAGGUUUAAUUUGUUAAGACUUUCUGUGUACUUUUUCUACUUUGCUUUUAUAUCUAUUAUUUGAACCCAGGGAUACUUCCAGCUACCCCCCACACCCCCCAAAAAUCUUGCAACCCCCAAAAUACUGGCCGGAAAAGGCCAAAAACGCCAGAAAAGCAGCAACAGACAUCUUCCGUCGCAACGACCGACACAGAUCCAACUAAAAUCUCUCGAGCUUCGAUAUUUAUUCUAUUUUCCUGCCUACUGCCAAAUCAUUUCAAUCAUCACUACUGCAACACCAGCGAAUAUAGAAUGGGAACCACGUGAAAAUACUUGUCCCGCUUGCCCUCAACGUUCUCUUGCUACGUUUAGCAAAAGUUGCCGAGCACGUGACUCUUGCCGAUUGAUCACGAGCGAUCCUCAAGCGGACAUGAAAUGCCACAAGAGAACAGUGCUCGGUGCUAAGUAUUGACUGACAAUGUGUUGUGCAUGCCACGCUUUGUGGCACCUUCGAGCAUGAGACUUACGCCAUGUCAAAAGACAAAGUGGGAAAAGACAAAGCUGCUGUGCUCAAAAACAAAUGCAUACUCUGCUGUGACAGCCCUUCAGGAAUCUCUUUGGACGUCUCUUCUUUUUGCUGUGUUGCGUACAAACUCGUCAAGGACCUGCCACGAGACCAUGGUCAGCAUCCUCAUCGUAAGACUAGUCUUUCGUAAAAGUAUUCCUACGGUGCUGCUAUACCACAGCUGGACACUGUCAGCUCCCAGCUGUUGCGUUGAUACAUGCUUUAUGCCAAGGGGUUAUGGUUAACAAUGACUUGUGGCUGUUGGAAAGAAUGCAAAACAAUUCAUGAGGAUCCUUUUGCAAGAAUAUUAGGUGCCUAACAAUCCGCUCGUUUCAUACGAUGUGUCGUUUCGCAAAACAUUUAAUCUUAAGACCAUUCUUUCAAAGUACUGAUCUCAGAAACGUGAUAAUCUACCAACCAGAUUGCAACCAACAUCUGUCUCAUGACACAGUGCAUCCACGAGAUUUCGAUAAUUUGGUAAGGCUGUUAAGAACGAGCCUUUCGUUAAGCGUGCUGUGUCACAGGAAAUCUUCUGCUGAGUGAGAUCUUGUGAGUGGGAGCUUCGUUGGGCCAGUACAUCUCUUGACACUGUAUGUCUAAUGGACAGCAAUGGACAACAGCAGCACCGUGACACUAGUACGGAAGACUAGUCUUACGAUGCGAGUGUGUGUCUCCAUGUUUGUUUCAUGGGAAAUGCAUUUGCACGUACACGAACAUCAGUAUUGGAAUAAGGUGCAAGAACGGAAAAUACCAAAGAUGCAAGACUUCAUCAUCGUGCUUCGAGGUGUUGUCCAUCUUCUAUCGGGGAAAGAAGGGAACGAUGUUUCAAGAACGAAAAAAAAAAAAAAGGCUGGUGUAAUUGCGGGAAAGGUACUGGCUACGAAUCGAUUCAGUUCCUAGGACAAGCGACGUGCAAAAUCUCGGCAAAAUUGAUGCAACACGUGCCGCGUGUGUACUUUUCUGUGUGUAUUAAUUGUGAUCGCCAUCAUCAUCUUACAGUGAUGCUGCCAUUUUAGUCUGCCACCGUAAUGUGGGUUGUACCUAAAUAAUGUACCACAUUUCUAAUGUGUAAAAAAAAAAAGUGACUUGUUGAAAGUCCAAACAGGGACAUGGGAUGUGCUGUUGGACUCCCAAAAAUGGUAACGCUCCAGGACAGAAAUACAGUUUAUAUGUAAUGCCGUGCUCUACAGAAUAACGCUGUCUUGGCCAAUGACUACUCAAAUUCAGGACUAGUGUGCUUUUCUUUUGUCUUUUUUUUUGUCACGUGACACUUUAUUCGGCACAAAGUUUUUAUUGGCCAUCAAAAGCCCCCUCUCAAAGCUGCUGAUCACCGCAAGUGUGCAGGCAUGCUUUCCAAGAGGUAUGCCUACCAUUACCAUAACAAGAGUAAUUAGGAUUUUCCACUUUGUAAGUACAGAACAUCUGUGAUACAGUUAGUAGAACCUCUAUAUAGUGAACCUGGAUAUAGUGAAGAUAUGGUUAUAGUGACGUAAAUCUGCGGUCCCGACCUGCUGAAACCCCAGCCAUGAACUGCUUAUGUAGUGAGGAUACUGAUACAUAUAGUGAAGUUUUUUUAGCGACCCGACCACCUUCACUACAAAGAGGUUCUACUGUUUACAACAGCUCCUCUACAACUCUUCUACACUUUAUAAGGAAUGUGGUAACUUAUCCAGGCACAUACUGCACAGCAUUUUUAUGGACCUUCGUUGUUGCUGACCUUGACAACCGCGGAUUGUUGGGUGUUCCGUACAAGUUGUAUUCCUGUACCUAAUUUAAGUGCUUUCUCAGGAACUUUUCAUGUACGGCCUGAGGCAAAAGAAUGCUGAAGCGUACAACAGGUUCAGUUCACAGGUGGUGGGCCAUAGCUUUGUGGGAGACGUAUUUAUUUUCCUCGACUGUGCUCUUGGUUUUUAUCCUAAGUUAUUUCAGCAGAGAUUCUUAGAACCUUGUUAAGUUAUAUUCUCCUUUGUUGCAUCUAUGAGGUUGCCGAGGUUUCUUAUCGCUUUUAGUGCAAGUUCCUCUUUGUUGUUGUUUUUGCUUUGUUGACGUUUCAUUUACAGGCUGCAAAGAUCACUAUCGUGGUACCACAUUCGGUAUCGCCACAUUUUAUUUUUUGUUUGUUAAAUCUGUCGACUGACAUACAUGCUCCAAGAACAUGACAUUUAACCUAAGCCACAAAACAGAUAACCCAGUUGUUCAAUGAAAUUGGACAUUACUUGAACAUAACCUCAAGUACAAUCUAAAAUUGAACUGAGAGGACAAAGUAAGGCAUAUGGAUAUUGAUUAAAUUGGACCCCACUGACAUAACGUCAAUAUCAUAUCAAGGUGCACCCAGUGCACAUCGUUAACUCGAAUUAAUAAAUUUGAUUAUGAAGCAGGUGAAUUAUUACACACAAGGAACAAAAAAAAUUGAGCUAGGAAUAACAAUUGCUGUUAUUUUUCUCAGUACAAAAGUGGUGCUUGUUUACAUGUUGAUACCUAUUUUAUAGCUUCAACUCUCAGUUGUAAACUGACAAUGCACAUCUCAGUCAAUAGUACACCAAAAGCUGCAAUGAUUUAUGUGAGUUAGCAGGGAUUUGCGUUCCUCUCGAGAUGUUUAAUCAAUUUCCGUUCAACCAGCCAUAAUUUUGUUUCACCACCAAGUGGUCGCUUGAUGAACAGAUUGUGGAAAUAUGAUAUGGGCAGCCCAAACCACUUUCCAUCUUCAAACAAUUCUCCCUUGGAAACACCUGCAUAAGUCACAUGCACACUAUGCAGUUUGAGGGAGCAUGUAUCUAUCUGUACAUAGGUGCUUGUGUUGUGAUUUUUUUUUAUUGUUAUUUUCAUGCAGCAAUCAUGUGCCAUGUGUGUGCAUGUGGAUGUCGAAGGGUUCAAACUGUGUAACUUUUUUGUCAUACAUGCGAAUGAAAUGAGGCUCGUUGUACAUAACUCAUGGCAAAGGAUGACGGUGGCAUAACGUCGGCACAACGUCGGUGCUGACGUGUCCCAGCCACCAGGGCAGGCUUGCCAUUUUGAGUGCUCAAAACCCUUUCUCGCGUUGGACGACAAAGCUUUCCGAGACUUUGUAACCUCCCUCCCUACCUUCCUGUUCCCAAUCAUGUGCAUUCUCCAUUAACAAAAGUAUAAAAGUGUCCGUGUGUAAAUAUAGCUGUAGUUUUUGUUUCGUAGUGCUAUAUUAGUGGUAAAUAAACUUAGUUUUUUGCCAUAA